AUGUAAAUAUUACCACCAGCAGAAAGAGUGCUACAUUUCUAAGAAACAAAGAGCUGGUUCAAUUCGAGACAUCCCUCUAAAGUAAAGGAGAAAUAUAGGAAAACAGAGAAGGAGUUAUUCGAUGAUGAAAUAGUCACAGAAACAUUCCAUUUGAUUGACAGAGAUCACUCAAGUAUAUUGCAUUAGUAUAAAUUGUAAGAUACAAUUGAGAUGGAUGAACUGUACUCCAUGUUGAAAAAGAACAAUUAUCCUGUGAAUUUGGGGCUUCUGAAGGCCUUCUUCGAAAUGACUGAUCGCGAUGGCAAUAAAUGCAUUGAUUUGGAUGAGUUCAAAUAUGUUAUAAAGGACGAGGGAACUUCUCAAACAUUUAGAUCAUUGAUGAGGAAGAUGAGAGAAAUAGGAGAAGAGAAUUAUUAUUCCACUGAUUUUGUAAAUUUACUGAGAUAUUUGUCUUAUUGUGCCAACCGAACUGAUCUGAUAUGGCAAAUAAAAAAUACGCGUCUUUCAUUCGAAUAAAGAUCUAAGUUAGUGUCUGAGUUGUUUAAAGUCAAUUAGCAAUUUACAAAGAUAUCAAAUCCAAAGGAAGAAUAAAAAUGCACAUUGAGACCUUUCAUGAAAACCAAGGGCCAAGAUGAAAUUAAGUACCUCACUCCCAUCAACAAAAAGCCCCGUAUCAUAACAAACCUGUCAACAAAAACUAGAAUAAGCACCAGCAAUCAAAAUUCAAUAUUAUCCUUCGAUAUAAAUAGUAUUUCAUCACCCAGAUUAUCUCCGUUAAAAACAGACAGAUAUGUAUUUAAAAAGAAAAUGAGUUUAACCACUACUCCAUCCACUAAAACAACUUUGUAUUCAACCAAAUCCACAUAAAAGAUAAAUAAUAAGUUUUGA